GACGGAGACUUUUCAGCUUGGAAAAGAAAUGACUAACAGGUGGGGGAUAUGUUAGAGGGCUACAAAAUCAUGAACAGCGUGGAAAAAUAGAACAAGGAAAUGUUAUUUAUCCCUUCACUAACAUAACACCAGAAGCUGAUGCGAUGAAAUUAUCGGCAGCAGAUUGGAAACAAACAAAAAAAAUUAUUUCUUCAUAGUCAACCUGUGGACUCUUUGCCAGGAGAUGGAGGAAAGGUCCAAACCCGAACAAGGUUCCAAUAAGAACCAACACCUGGCAUUGGCCGCUGAUGGAGGACAGGACACUGCGCAAGAUGGACCAGUGCUCUGGCCCAGUGUGGCCAUUCUGAUGUUCUUAUCCAGAGCUGAAAUGUACCUGCCCCCUGCUGUAACCACUGGGCCCUGCCCCCCUCCAGAGCAGAGAGUGAGCCCAGGAGCCCUGGCCGUCUCCAGUGACCAGGUCAAGGUACAGAUUACAGUGUUACGGCCAACCAGUGUCCUUUCAGUGCCUUGUCACAAGAAGGCAGACGUUCGUAUUAGAACAGCAGAAUGGGUCUAUUUCUCUGGGGAUUCGACACAGCGCUCCUGCCAGCUAACUGCUACGUUACCUGCCCAAAAGCUAGAGUUUUCCGGUGCCAUAGUAGCCCUGGAAAGCGGUGCUGUGUGGGGCAGGAAGGAGAAUGGAUGUGCUGCUUGGCUUGCACUGAGCAUGCUCAGUAGCACCGCUGAAGCCGCUGUUCUCAGUCUGUGCCCCCACGCCCUCACUCUGCCCCCGGCCAUCACGGCUUUCGCCGGUCCCUCCCCCCGCCGCGUCACGCUGGGGCUCCUCACAGCCCGCUCCUCGCCAUACCCGGCUGCGCGGUGGGGGAGAGCACUUGGCACUUGCUCCCUGUGCCUUGCUGGCAGUGGGGGUCCCUGGGGCGCUGCAGGGCAGCCUCCGCCUGGUGAGCGGCAGGAGGGAAGCGACGGAAAAGUCGGCCCCAGCCCCAGAGGGGAGGCCUGAGGAAUCUCUGCCUGCCCGGCCCUGGCGUCACCUGCUUCCACUCAGGGAUAUGCCCAGGCCUGGCCUGAGGAUGCCAGGGCGGGCCAGAGGGGAAUCUCUGGCACAAGCCCUAAGCCUAGUGACCCCGUGUGGGUCCCAAACAAGAGGAGGGCGUCCCUGGGUCCCCACCCCCUGCCCCAGGAGUGAAGCCAGCAGCCUCUCUCCUCCAGCCCUGGCAGGCACGGUUCAAGCCUUAGGCCCCUGCAACGCACCAGGCCACAUUGCCUGGCGCCCUGCAGCCUCCCCUCCUGGGCCUCCGGCUGGCUCUGCUCGCUGGGCUGUUACCGCUCAGCCGUGCG